AACCUGUCGAAGCAGACAAGGUCCUAAACACCUACAUCAAUAAAUGGCGUACUACACCUUUAAAGCUUGUGGAUGCGUAUGGUAUGUGUUUGUAGGUGGAGCAUUUGGGAGUUGUGGUGUGGUUUGUAGGUGAAGCACUGCUGGGAGGUGCUGUGGUUUGUUGCUGGAGCAUUGGGGAGGUGUGGUGUGGUUUGUAGGUGGAGCAUCGGAGAGGCGUGGAGGCCUAUAGGGAAUACAGUUUACGGAACUAAGCAGCAAACAACACAUGUAGUGAGUGCGUACCGGACAAAGCGCUCCAGCACGCACCGUUCCGGUUGUCACCAGGCUGUGAGAGGGGAGGUGAUUUUGCUCAGAUCAGAGAACCAGAUGCUGGUUCAGGACAACUUUCCGAUGAUUGAGGUGUCGAUCCCCUCGCUGAAGCGGGAGGUGGAUGAGUCAGGGAAAUCCACAAAGCUCUAUCGAGUAGACGUCCUGUUCAAUGGGAGGAAGCACUGUGUGCUCAGAAGACACAGCGAGUUCCAGGUCCUCCACAGAAAACUCAGGAAGAUAGUGCAGAUCCCCGACUUUCCCAGCAAGAGAAAUCCUCACCUGAGAACCAAACCCGUGGAACAGAGAAGGCAGGAGCUAGAGGACUACAUCCAGGACAUUCUGUAUCAGUAUGAAGAUGUGCCCCAGGAGCUCCUGGACUUCCUCCUCUUGAGACACUUCCACACGGGGAACAAGGUCAACAGUAUGGAGUCCCUGGAUGAUUUGGACGACAAGGGUUUCAGCUACCAACUGCCUCAUCAGCGCGUCCUGGGGUUUUCCGAAGACCCUUACAUCACUAGCUGUCUCUCUGCAGAUGUUCUCCUCGGUCUCCAUUCUGCCUGCUGCUCCAGUUGUCCCAUUAGUUGUUGAACGAGAUGCUAAAUCCCUGGACCAAUCACAUCCUACCAGGAAGUGUUACAGCACUCUUCACCUACAUCAUUAGACUUGCGCCCAUAGAGCCAGAAGAUGUUCUAGUCUAACCCUCCUGUUUACAUAUUUGUGAUAACGCGACAUUUCUAAGACCUUAUUUCCUACAUGGCCUUCCAUACAAUAACAAAAAGAGAGCCAAGAGACAUACAUAUUUAUGAGGAGGUUCUUUCAAUGAUGACGAGCAAAGACGCAAGGAAGCACGUUGUGCAUCAGGUACUGAUGGGGGCAUCAACGCACCUAGAUAAACCCUAAAGGAAAUAAUGUGUAUGAAACUUAAACCAGAGUUAUGGGGUCGUAUUCCCAAAGAAUCCAAGGGCUAAAUGUAGAUAAGUGGCGAAUUUAGGAGUAACUCCUCAAAAUAAUGGGCGUGUCAAUCUUAAAUUUAGGACUCCUAUUUUCUUUUAGUAAGAGCAAUUCACAAAGUAUUUUAAAAGUAGCAUCUAAGUCUAGCAGACCUUAAAAGUCCUCGAGAGGACGUCCUAACUCACCUAAGUGAGUCAGGAGUCAGUAAGACCUAUUC